UGGACCCUGAACGCAGCAUGACGAUGACAUCACAGAAGGCGGAAGCGUCAUGGCGGCCGGGCAGCAGUGGGUGCUGGUGGAGAUGGUUCAGGCCUUCUACGAGGCUCCUGCGUAUCACCUGAUUCUAGAGGGGAUCCUGAUCCUGUGGAUCGUCAGACUCCUUUUUUUCUCCAAGACCUACAAACCGCACGAGACCUACAAACUCACCGAGAAGGAAAAAGAAGAUCUGAUCGAGGAAUGGCAGCCGGAGCCUCUGGUUCCUCCAGUUUCCAAAGAUCACCCUUCGCUCAACUACGACGUGGUCACAGGACCCCCCAGCCACAAAAUCAUCAUUAAUGGCAAAGAGUGCACCAACUUUGCAUCUUUUAACUUCCUGGGCCUCCUGGACAGCGACCGUGUAAAGGACAAGGCUUUGGCAUCCCUGAAAAAGUACGGCGUGGGCACGUGUGGCCCCAGAGGCUUCUACGGGACCUUCGAUGUCCAUCUGGAGCUGGAAAGCCGUCUCGCAAAGUUCAUGAGGACAGAGGAAGCCAUCAUUUACUCGUACGGCUUUGCCACCAUUGCCAGUGCCAUCCCAGCCUACUCCAAGAGGGGGGACAUCAUCUUUGUGGACGAAGCCGCCUGCUUCUCCAUCCAGAAAGGCCUUCAGGCGUCUCGGAGCUUCAUCAAAUACUUCAAGCACAAUGACAUGGAGGAUCUGGAGAGGCUGCUGAAGGAGCAGGAGCUGGAGGACCAGAAGAAUCCCCGAAAAGCUCGAGUGACGCGCAAGUUCAUUGUAGUGGAGGGGCUGUACAUCAACACCGCAGACGUCUGCCCCCUCCCUGAGCUGGUUAGGCUCAAGUACAAAUACAAGGUGAGGAUCUUCCUGGAGGAGAGCAUGUCGUUCGGUGUGCUGGGGGAACACGGGAAAGGAGUCACCGAGCACUUCGGGGUCAAUAUCGACGACAUUGACCUCAUCAGUGCCAACAUGGAGAACGCCGUGGCCUCCAUUGGGGGCUUCUGCUGCGGACGCUCUUUUGUCAUCGAUCACCAGCGGCUCUCGGGUCAGGGUUACUGCUUCUCUGCCUCCCUGCCUCCCAUGCUGGCUGCUGCCGCCAUCGAAGCCCUCAGCAUCAUGGAGGAGGAUCCAGAGAUCUUCAGCGUCCUGAAGAGGAGGUGCAGCCAGGUCCACCAGGCUCUGCAGGGGAUUCCAGGUCUGAAGUUGGUGGGGGUGCCGUUCAGCCCGGCUCUUCACCUGCAGCUGGAGAGAAGCUCGGGCUGCAGGAGUUCCGACCUGCAGCUGCUGCGCUCCAUCGUGGAUCACUGUUUGGACAGACACGUGGCUCUGACUGUGGCCCGCUACCUGGAGAAAGAGGAGCGCUUCAUGCCCCCACCCAGCAUCAGGGUGGUGGUGACGGUGGAGCAGACAGAUGAAGACAUCCAGAAGGCAGUGUCCUGCAUCCGUGAGGCUGCCUCCAUCUUCCUCAGAUGAUGGUGUGGACAAAACCUCCGACUCGCUCUCUCUGUUUCCCUGGGAGGGACUGUAGGCCCUGCGAGGCUGGACGGGCCCCGCCCACUAUUUUCCUAAUGCAACUGUUCUCAGAGAAGCUGGCGUCGGGUCCAGAUGAUGCUUCAGAUGUUGUGAGCGGAUGGAUCUGUUAUUAAAGGUUUCUGAAUCAAA